AUGACGCACGGCCAACUCCAAGUUAUAAUAGUCGAAGGUAGAAAUUUAAAAGAUAAAGAUACGUUUGGUCAAAAUGAUGCUUAUAUCGAAUUAUAUCUCGAUAAAGACUAUAAACAACGAACUUCUACUAAACAAGACACCAAUUCUCCCGUAUGGAAUGAAACAUUUCAUUUCAAUCUUCUGAAAGGCCAGGAUCAUCUGAAGUUAAAAGUUUAUGAUGAAGAUAUUAUUGGAAAGGAUUCCAUUGGAUCGGCAAAAGUGAACUUAAAAGAUGUGUUUGCUACAGGUCAUUUUGAUCAGUGGGUUAAAUUGCCUGCUCAUCUUGGUUUAGGAAGUCACGGCGAGAUCCAUAUUAUUAUCAAUUAUGUUCCGCAUGCUUAA